AUAGAAAAAAGUUUAGUUCGAGUCUUGAAGACUGUAACAUUUCAAAGUAUAGGAAUGGACCCCCGUAUGAAGUUAGAUUCGAGGUUUUGAUAGUGAAUUUCACCCUGGAAUACACUAUAAAGUACUCGGUGCAAAUAGGAGCGAAUGUUGAUAACGUUACAGGUCAAGAGGUAGUCCAAGAUGGCUGCAGCGUCUUAUGAUCAGCUGCUGAAGCAAGUGGAGGCACUGAAGAUGGAGAACUCCAACCUUCGACAAGAGCUUGAAGACAACUCCAACCACUUGACCAAACUGGAGACGGAAGCCUCCAAUAUGAAGGAGGUGCUGAAACACAUACAGGGAAGCAUUGAAGAAGACUCUACCGAUUCAUCCGGACAAAUCGAUCUCCUAGAAAGACUGAAAGAAAUUAGCCUGGAUCCUAACACUUACCCAGGGGUGAAGCUGAGACCUCAGCCGUCUUCCAUGCAGGGUUCAGGCUCUGGGCGUUCAGAGGACAGCAGCCCCAGCCCCAUGGGUUCCUUGGGGUCCCUCCCCAAGAGAGGGCUGUCCAAUGGGGGCAGAGAUAGCGCUGGCUACCUGGAGGAGCUGGAGAAGGAGAGGUUCUUAUUGAUGGCGGAGCUGGAGAAAGAGGAGAAGAAGAAGGACCAGUAUUACGCACAGCUGCAGAACCUCACCAAGAGGAUCGACAGCCUACCACUGACUGAGAAUCAGUUCUCCCUGCAGACGGAUAUGACCCGUAGGCAACUGGAGUUUGAGGCGAGGCAGAUCAGAGCCGCCAUGGAGAAACAGCUGGGAACCUGCCAGGAUAUGGAGAAGAGGGCACAGGUGAGGGUGACUCGUAUUCAGCAGAUAGAGAAGGACAUACUGAAGAUCCAACAGCAUGUCCAGUCUCCACCUGCAGAACCAGAGAGCAAGCAUGACCCGGCUGCCCAGGAUGAGGGAGGCCAGGCUUCAGGGGACAGUGGUGGGCCUAGCGCUGGGUGUUCUCAGGGUUCCAACUCUCGCCUUGAUCAGGACUCUGCCAGUGAAAUGAGUUUGGGUGGGGGUAGUUACUCUGUGCCCCGCAGACUGACCAGUCACUUGGGCACCAAGGUGGAGAUGGUCUACUCCCUUCUCUCCAUGCUGGGGACCCAUGAUAAAGAUGACAUGUCUCGCACUCUGCUGGCCAUGUCCAGCUCCCAGGACAGCUGCAUCGCCAUGCGCCAGUCAGGCUGUCUUCCCUUACUCAUCCAACUCCUCCAUGGCAACGACAAGUUCAAGGACUCAGUGCUGCUGGGGAACUCCCGAGGCAGCAAGGAGGCCCGGGCGAGAGCCAGCGCCGCCCUCCAUAACAUUAUCCACUCCCAGCCUGACGAUAAGAGAGGGCGCAGAGAGAUCAGAGUGCUGCACCUCCUGGAGCAGAUCAGAGUUUACUGCGAGACCUGCUGGGAGUGGCAGGAGAACCAUGAGAGGGGAGUGGACCAGGAUAAAAACCCCAUGCCCUCUCCCGUGGAGCAUCAGAUCUGCCCAGCGGUGUGUGUUCUAAUGAAGCUGUCCUUUGAUGAAGAGCACAGGCACGCUAUGAAUGAGCUCGGGGGGCUGCAGGCUAUAGGGGAGCUCCUCCAAGUGGACUGUGAAAUAUACGGCCUCACCAGCGACCACUACAGCGUCACUCUGAGGAGAUACGCUGGCAUGGCCCUUACCAACCUCACCUUCGGGGACGUGGCCAAUAAGGCCACUCUAUGUUCCAUGAAGGGAUGCAUGAGGGCCAUGGUGGCUCAGCUGAAGUCUGAGAGUGAGGAUCUACAGCAGGUGAUUGCCAGUGUGUUGAGGAACCUGUCCUGGCGUGCAGAUGUGAACAGUAAGAAGACCCUCCGUGAGGUGGGCAGUGUCAGGGCUCUGAUGGAGUGUGCCUUGGAGGUACAGAAGGAGUCUACUCUGAAGAGUGUCCUCAGUGCCCUGUGGAACCUGUCAGCUCACUGCACUGAAAACAAAGCUGAUAUCUGUGCUGUAGAGGGUGCUUUGGCCUUCCUGGUUAGCACUUUGAUGUACCGAAGCCAAACCAACACCCUCGCCAUCAUUGAAAGUGGAGGAGGCAUCUUGCGCAAUGUGUCUAGUCUCAUCGCUACAAAUGAAGAUCACAGACAAAUCCUGAGAGAGAACAGCUGUCUUCAGACACUCCUGCAGCACCUGAAGUCUCACAGCCUUACUAUCGUGAGCAACGCGUGUGGCACGCUGUGGAACCUCUCGGCCCGCAAUGCAAAGGACCAGGAGGCCUUGUGGGAAAUGGGUGCUGUGAGCAUGCUGAAGAACCUCAUCCACUCCAAGCACAAGAUGAUCGCUAUGGGCAGUGCCGCAGCACUGAGGAACCUCAUGGCCAACAGGCCCGCCAAAUACAAGGAUGCCAACAUCAUGUCUCCUGGAUCUAGCCUGCCCUCUCUUCACGUCAGGAAACAGAAAGCCCUGAUCGAGGAACUGGACUCUCAGCACCUCUCGGAGACGUUCGACAAUAUUGACAAUUUAAGCCCCAAGGCGUCCCACAGGGGUAAACAAAGCAGGCACAAGCAGAAUGUCUACAGUGAUUACGAUGGUGUCUCUAGAUCAGACGGGUUUAGCCCCAACAGUGUGCCUGUGCGCUCCCCUUACGUGAACACACCAGUUCUGUCGAGCCCGUCACCCAGAGACAACCCAAGGGGGAACAUAGACAGUGUUAGGGCCGAGAGGGAUCGGGGCCAGGACAGAGACAGACAGAGGGGUGCACCCAGUGGUUUCCACCCAGAUCAUGACUCUAAGAGAAUGCAAAUGCCCGCCACAACAGCUGCUCAGAUUGCCAUGGUGAUGGAGGAAGUGAACAGCAUUCACUUACUGACUGGCCUGGAUGACCGGUCCCCGGAGACCCCAAAUCAAGACCCUCACUGUACAACUGCAGCACAUGGUCAUUCAAAUGUAUAUCCCUAUAAUAAACCCGAUCAUUCGGGCAGACCAUGUCCAAUGCCCAAGUUGGAAUACAAGGCAUCCAACGACAGUCUCAACAGCGUUAACAGCACUGACGGCUAUGGCAAAAGAGGACAGAUGAAGCCAUCUGUGGACUCAUACUCUGAGGAUGAUGAGGGGAAGUGUUGUGUCUAUAGAAAAUAUCCUGCAGACCUUGCUCAUAAGAUCCACAAUGCCAACCACAUGGAAGAUGAUGACGGAGAAGUUGACACACCUAUCAACUACAGCCUAAAGUAUUCUGACGAGCAGCUGAACUCUGGUCAGCAAAGUCCAAGCCAAAAUGAGAGAUGGGCGAGGCCUAAGCACAUGGAGGAGAUGAAACAGACAGAUCAGAGGUCUGUGCGAUCUCAAAGCCCAGGCUACCCCAUGUACACGGAGGGCAACAGUGAGGGGGAGGAGAAAUUGAAGUACAAGCCCAGGUUUGUGCAAACAGAAAUGCAACAAGGAUUCAGAUCAAGGAACACCAACCAACACCAACAAGAUCAAAGCAAUGCUGGUCCCACUCAAGGAAUGAACAAAAAGAUGAACAACCAGACUAUGUGCCAGUCUGUGGAUGAUUACGGUGAUGACAAACCAACCAAUUACAGUGAGCGAUACUCAGAGGAAGAACAACAGGAUGACCAGCCGACCAAUUACAGUAUGAAAUACAACAAGGGGCCUCAUACGGAACAACCAAUUGAUUACAGUCUGAAGUACUCCGACACCUCCUCCCAAAAAUCCAUGUUUAGUCAUUCAAAGUCAUCCUCCACUCAGAGCUCAGUGAAAGACCAUCUAAGCCAAGAUGGUUCAACAUCAUCCGUGACAUCCAAAAAGAAUGCAGGGAGACAAAUGCAGCUACAUCCAUCCUCGGCUCAAACGAGGUCAGGGCCAACUCGACCAGGCCAGAAGAACACAACAUGCAAACCUCCUACCGUCAAUCAAGAGACCCUACAGACGUACUGUGUUGAGGACACACCCAUCUGUUUCUCAAGGGGUAGCUCUCUGUCAUCCUUGUCCUCAGAUGAGGACGAAAUGGAAGGGUGCAAGAGGAAUGUGAAUGCUGCUAGCAACUACCCAACUCUUCCCAUCUCUGAGAAAGAGUCCACUGGCAGUCACGCCCAAGAACAAGGCACAACCGAGGGCCAGUCGUCUGUGCAGUAUGUCCGAAUAAAGCCUCCAAGGACUAGUCAAGUUCAUGGAGACGGAUCCAGACAUCACAAAGCCGUUGAGUUUUCAUCAGGAGCCAAAUCACCAUCCAAAAGUGGUGCCCAGACUCCCAAAAGCCCCCCAGAACACUAUGUGCAGGAGACGCCCCUCAUGUUCAGCAGAUGCACAUCUGUAAGCUCCCUGGACAGCUUUGAGAGCAACUCCAUCGCUAGCUCUAUACAGAGUGAAUUGUGCAGCGGGAUGCCCAGUGGAAUCAUCAGCCCAAGUGAUCUGCCCGACAGCCCUGGUCAGACCAUGCCUCCGAGCCGAAGCAAAACGCCACCACCCUCACAACAUCAACAUCCACCACCAAUGAAACACAAAAAGGUGCCUCCGCCGCCGCCGCCGAGGGCGGAUUUGGCUCCAAGGCAUGCUGCUGUACACGCUGCUGUCCAGAGAGUCCAGGUGCUUCCGGAUAAUGACACCCUCCUACACUUUGCGACAGAGAGUACCCCAGAUGGAUUCUCUUGUGCAUCCAGCCUCAGUGCUUUAAGCUUAGAUGAACCUUACAUUCAGAAAGAUAAUGAGCUCAAGAUCAUGUCUCCUGUUCACGAAGAUGACCAGGGAAAUGAGGCUGAGCAUGAGCAUGAUGACACUACAGAAUCCCCAAGCCAAGAGAAGCAUUCACCUGGUGAGGUGGAAAAAGACAUUUUGGAUGAUUCAGAUGAUGACGAUAUAGAAAUACUGGAGGCUUGCAUAAACUCAGCCAUGCCAACAAAGUCAUCGAGAAAACCCAAAAAGCAAUCGCCUUCCAACACUACUUCUAGAAUACCACCACCUACUGCCCAUAAACCAAGCCAACUUCCUGUGUACAAGUUACUCCCUUCACAAACCCGAGGACAACAGAAGACUGUUGGCUUCACCCAUGGAGAGGACAUGCCUAGGAUUUACUGCAUAGAGGGAACCCCUAUAAAUUUCUCAACAGCUACAUCUCUCAGCGACCUCACCAUUGAUUCACCCCCAAAUGAGCUGGCCAAUGCUGAAAGCUGUGCUCCUCCUUGUGCAGAAGUAUCCUCCAGUCAAAUAAGGGAUACUAUUCCAGAAGGGGAAAGUACAGAUGAAAAAGAUGGAGGUGUUACUUCCUCCUUCACACAAGCUGCCGCUGUAGAAAAUGAAGGGGAUGACAUCUUAGCAGAGUGUAUCAGUUCAGCCAUGCCAAAAGGUAAAAUCCACAAGCCCUUUAGAGUACAGAAAAUGAAUGAUCAACCACAGCACCCUUCAUCAGCUUUUCCUGUUAGUCUAGUCAAACAGGAGGUUGAAAAGAAGAAGCCCACAUCCCCUGUUAAACCAAUGCCACAGAGUAGUGAGUACAGAGCUAGGAUGAUUAAAAAGCCCCAGCCCCCUUUCAACUUUGCUUCAUACCCUGAUAAAAACAAAGAAACCCAAAUGCUUGAGCCAAAAAUGGCCUCCAGAAAUUUCCCAGAUAAGCCACCAAAUGCAGAUGAGAGGCCACGGCCAGGGUUUGCUUUUGACUCGCCACAGAAUUACACACCAAUAGAGGGUACACCCUAUUGCUUUUCACGCAAUGACUCCCUGAGUUCCUUGGAUUUUGAGGAUGAUGAACCUGAUCUCUCAAAGGAAAAGGCACAACUUAGAAAAGACAAAGACCAGAGAAAAGUGUCAACGAAAAACCGUGGAGAGCCAUCCGCAAGAACAAACAGGACAAAUGUACCACUGACUGCUCCAACAAAACCUCUGCAGCAGAAGCAGGCAGUCUUUCCACAACCAUCCAAAGAAAAUGCGGGACCAGUGCCAGAUGAGAAGCAGAAGUUUUCCAUUGAGGACACACCAAUGUGUUUCUCUAGAAACUCAUCUCUCAGCUCGUUAAGUGACAUUGACCAAGAGAACAACAACAAAGACCUCCAGCCAAAAGAAGUGGAGGAUGUAACUCAGGUAGAAGCUACUUCUAAACCCCAAGCCUCUGGUUACGCACCAAAAGCCUUUCAUGUAGAAGACACCCCUGUGUGUUUCUCAAGAAACAGUUCACUCAGCUCACUAAGCAUUGAUUCAGAAGAUGACCUUCUACAAGAGUGCAUCAGUUCAGCCAUGCCAAAAAAGAAGAAACAGACAGCCAGAAAUAAGGGCGGAAAUGACCAAGGAGAUGCCACUGAGGAGAAAAGUAUGGAGGAGCCUGAUCUCACAUUGGAUCUCACUGAUACACAUAGUCCAGUUUCUGAACAAGCCUUAUCUCCAGACUCUGAAUCUUUUGAUUGGAAGGCCAUCCAAGAGGGUGCCAAUUCCAUCGUCAGCAGUUUGCACCAGGCAGCUGCUAGCCUCUCUAGACAAGGCUCAUCUGACUCUGACUCAAUCCUCUCCCUCAAAUCUGGAAUAUCCCUUGGCUCCCCUUUUCACCUGCCCGUAAAUUCAGAGGAUAAUAAAUCUGCAUCCGACAAAGGACGCCCACGGAUAUUAAAGCCUGGUGAAAAGAGCACUUUAGAAGCCCAAAAAAAAGAAAAGGAAGAGGAGGCAGCAAAAGCUCUUAAAGGGGGCAAGAAAGUCUACAAAAGUCUCAUAACAGGAAAACCACGUGCCAGCACUGAGACCCCAGCUUCAUUACAGCAGAGGCCGACUGCCCCUAGUGUUCCCAUGAUUUCUCGUGGGAGGACAAUGAUCCAGGUCCCUGGCGUUAGAAGUAGUUCUCCAAGCACUAGCCCAGUCCAAAAGAAGCCUCCACCACGUGGUCCCGCCUCUGUCUCAAAAACUCCCCCCACUCAAGGGCAGAAUUCCAGUAACUCACCCAGAAGCAUCAAACCACCUGCUAAAUCUGAUCCUAGUCCAGCCAGGGAUCAGCCUGGAUCUCAAUCGGGAUCAAGUAAAGCUUCAUCACGAUCUGGAUCCAGAGACUCCACACCAUCCAGACCAGCUCAGCAGUCCUUGACCACCAGACCCAUGCAGUCACCUGGUCGCACCUCUGUGUCACCUGGAAGAAAUGGUCUCGGCCCUUCAAACAAAUUAUCCCAAGUGCCUCGCACUGCUUCUCCAAGCACAUUGUCAACUAAGUCUUCUGGUUCUGGCAGGAUGGCCUACACCUCCCCUGGGAGACCGGUGGGUCAGCAAACGCCACCCAAGCAGACUGGCUUGACGAGAAGCACUAGCGGAAUCCCUAGGAGUGAAUCAGCCUCAAAGAGUCUGAACCAGUGUGGAGUUGCUGGCCCUUCUAAGAAGCAAGAUUUGUCCAGGAUGUCGUCCACAAAGUCUAGUGGAAGUGAGUCAGACCGGUCGGAGAAACCUGCCCUAGUUCGCCAGUCAACGUUCAUCAAAGAGGCCCCUAGUCCAACACUGAAGAGGAAAUUGGAAGAGUCUGCUUCGUUCGAGUCUCUGUCCCCCUCCUCUACCAGCCAGUCUCAAACGCCUGUGUCGAGUCCGUCUUUGCCAGAUAUGUCGUUAACUUUGCCCUGUCAAGGAAGCAACUGGAAAAAGUCCCCUCAAAAUCCAAAUUCCUCCGAAAAUGUGGAUGAGAAGCCUCAAAGAGGAGGGAAGCAUGACAUCUCCAGGUCCCAUUCAGAAAGCCCCUCUAGGCUCCCUAAUCUUAACAGGAAAGGGACAUGGAAGAGGGAGAACAGCAAACACUCCUCCUCUCUCCCAAGGGUUGGAACCUGGAAGAGAACCGGCAGCUCCUCUUCCAUCCUCUCUGCCUCCUCUGAGUCAAGUGAAAAGGGCAAAAGUGAGGAUGAACGACAACCACUGAGUCCAGCCCAAAGGUCCCCACACGGCAAAGAUGGAAACCCUUUAAAAGGAACAUGGAGGAAGAUAAAGGAUAGUGAAAUGUCUCAGUCAGAAGGCCGUGAUUCUUCCUCCAUAGAGUCCAUGGACACCAUGGCCAUGGGGUACCAAAUGAGCCCUGCAGUGUCCAAGACUGAGGAUGUGUGGGUGAGGAUUGAGGACUGUCCCAUUAACAACCCAAGGUCUGGAAAAUCCCCAACAGCAAACACCCCUCCAGUAAUUGACAGUGUUAUAGUCAAAAUGCCCUCUGUUGAUCUCUUGACAAGUGAAACCCAUCCCAAACAGUCCACAAAUGAAAGUGUAAAUGCUCUUAGGCUAGGUUCAGAGACUAAUUUAAACUUGUUUAGGAGCAGUGAGAGUAUUGAUAAGAAAGUGCCAGACCUCAAGCCUGCUCAGAGUAACCCAAGCAUCAUCCCAGAGGCCCAUGAACUGUCUCUUGCUGAACGCACCCCUUUUAGCUCCUCCACCUCUAGCAAACACAGCUCACCGAGUGGGGCUGUGGCUGCCAGGGUCAGCCCUUUCAACUACACCCCUAGUUCCAGGAAGAGCAGUGCUGACAGUGCCACACCACCACGACCCUCACAGAUACCCACGCCUGUCAGUGUAACCAACAGUGCAAAAAAGAGAGACUCUAAAGGAGAAAGUGCUGGUGAAAGUGGGUCCUACAUUGUAACCUCAGUUUAAGUCACUUGAGGCUAGACUACACACACAGAUGAUCUAGGGGAAAUGUCUUGAACAUACCAAGUGAUCUCUGUUGUAAAUAAUUAUUUACAACAAACACAAUCAAAGCAAAGAACAGAUUCAUCACAAUUUUUGGUGUAAAAAAUAAACAUGUAAAUAGUUAGUCACUAGACUGUUAUUGUAGUUAAUGCCUAAUUGAUGGACCCUGUUUUUUUGCUGGUAGGAAUGUGGCUGGGACACUGGUUAUCAGAGGGAGAGAGGGAGACCUCUGAAGGAUAAUGUAUGUGAAUUUGUACUGUACAGAUUUUAAUUAUGUAUUUAAUUUAAACCCCUGUCAAGAUCCUGAAUCUUGUCCGACUUGACAAAGAUAAUCACUUAAAGUUGCAUAUUUGGGAUGUUAAAACACUUGAAGAUCGACUUUAAUACUACUCCAUUCGAUAAAAAAAAUACAAUUAUAUGCCUGUAUUUAGGUCAGAAAUAAAAGUAAUUCUAAUUUUUACUAAUGCAAAUGUAUUAUAAGCUUCCCAUCCUUGCAUGUAAACUGCCCAGAUGGUAAAGCUUAACAUUUAUGUCGUCACAUGACAUGUUGGUAGCUGUAGUGUAAAAUUGUACACUAUUUCAUGUGUGCUCUGAAAGUAAAGGAAUUAACCGCAAGUUAACCUUGACAACUUUUUCGAAUGAGAAAUAUUUUCAUUGGAAAAUAGAUUAUAUGAGAGUAGACCGAUACAUGGCUCUGCUGUUUGUUGGUUAAUUGUUAUCAGGUGAGUUAGUUGCUUUUUAACUAAGACUCUGAAGGACUGUAUGAACACAAAUAUUACUAGGGUUUUGGUGUUGGAUUAUCUUUUUUUUUUUUUAAAGGUAGUUUUAGUUUCCCCUGUAAUCACUGUAAUGCUAAAGCACAUAAUCAGAGGAGAUUAUGUACUAUUUUGUUCUACCCAAAAAUUACACUGUCUGAAAUACUUUUUUUCUCUCCCCCAUGCAAUACAUUUGUGGUCGGAUAUUCAAAGGAAAAAAGUCACAUUCCAAAUUGUAAAUCAACAUAAUAAAUAAUGUUAAAAUGGGGUGAAAAACUGGUGUCCAGUGUUACUGAACAGUGCAAGUGUUUAAUUAUCAUCUGCCUUGAAGAUAUUUUGGUAGUGAAUGGAACUUAAGGUCUGCUUACAGUGAAUGAUGAACUCGUGUCCUUAGUGCAGCUAUGUUUUGAUAUACAAGCCAAGGGGAUAUAGCUAUAGGCAUGAAUUCAUUACACAACUACAUACACAUUUAUUGUGUUGUACGAGUGCAGUAACAUGAAAGGGCAAUCCGCAUUUGAAAUGAUGAAGUGGUCUCCUCACCACUGUUUUGGUAAAAAGCUGUGGAAUGGGGCUGGAGAAAUGUAACCGCUUAAAUUAGAACUAUGUAUGCAAGGUCUGUGACCAUCCAUUAUAUCAAAAUUAUAGUUUUGACCAUGUUUUGAGGCUAUACAGUUUAUUUACAUGUAUGUUUACAAAAAUUGAAGAUAAAGCUUGUUUUGGGUUCUGAUGGUUUACGACAGUUGAACUAAGCUGGUGAGGCAUUUAUAAGUUAUAUUCAUCAAUAAUCA